GAAUGGAACUUGCCACCUUUCAGUAUAUAUUAGAACAAGUUACACCCUGCAUCAACAAGAAAUGGACAAAUUUUAAUCAAGCGCCUAUAGGAACCGAAGAAAUGUUGGUGGUAACAAUUCGAUAUCUUGCAACAGGAGCGUCCUUUAGACACUUGGCAUUUUCCUUUCGAAUGGGCAGGAGUACUGUUGCGAGCAUUAUAAAACAUAUGAUUAAAAUAUUAUGGAACAUGCUGCAACCACUUCACAUGCCAGAACCUACUACGGCAACAUUUUAAAUGUAAGUGCAGACUUCAUGAAAGUAUGGAACUUCCCCAAUUGCAUCGGAGCUGUUGACGGCAAACACGUCAAAGUUAUAGCACCACAACAUUCCGGAUCCAUGUACUUCAAUUAUAAGCAUUAUUUU